UUACAAGAUAAAAUGGAUUAAAACCUGGAUGGUGUGUAAAAAUGAAAGUGGUCUUAUUGAGGGGAUACUCCGUAAUAUUUUUUCGAGCUACUCGACUAAUUUGUGGCAAGGCGUCUCCUCUCUGUCCGUCCGACUUUACGCGAAUCUCUAUCAGGCUCAUAUAGUUUGAUUGCGUGAUUGAAAAGUGAUGGUGUCCGCCGGCGGAGCUGCAGGAGGAGGAGCGGCAGCAGCUGGGCCAGGAGUUGAGUGGCACAUAAGGCCGCAAUCUCAUAAGAAUCCCGUUGUCUUCUUCGACAUAACCAUCGGAAGCAUCCCUGCUGGUCGAAUCAAGAUGGAGCUCUUCGCGGACAUUGCUCCCAAAACGGCUGAAAACUUCAGGCAGUUCUGCACAGGCGAGCUCAGGAAAAAUGGAAUUCCACAAGGUUACAAAAAUUCUCAAUUUCAUAGGGUGAUCAAGGAUUUUAUGAUUCAAGGUGGUGAUUAUCUGAAGAACGAUGGAAGUGGAUGUUUAUCGAUAUAUGGUAGUAAGUUUGAUGAUGAAAACUUCAUUGCAAAACACACUGGUCCGGGCUUAUUAUCUAUGGCAAACAGUGGGCCGAAUUCAAAUGGGUGUCAGUUCUUCAUCACUUGUGCAAAAUGUGAUUGGCUUGAUAACAAACACGUUGUCUUUGGGCGAGUACUUGGAGAUGGUCUUCUAGUGGUGAGAAAGAUUGAGAAUGUGGGUACAGGACCCAAUAACAGACCAAAACUGGCUUGCGUUAUUGCUGAAUGUGGGGAGAUGUAACACGCCAGCCUUUUCUCAUUCGCAUAUCCAUACCACCGGUUUAUUACUUGUGGCAACUCCUUGUUAGCAUCACUUUAGGUUAUUACAAGAACUAGACUAGUAGAGAUGAGAUGGAAAAAAAUAGCGCGAAAAAUGGUUGAUGUUCCGACAUGGUUAUGCUAUUAUGUUCACUGCCUCAGAUGGCAUUGCUAUGAAAGGCAACCGGUUUCACUUUAGAGACUUUGGGGUUAUAAUGAACUGUUUUUGCAGUCAUGGAAUGGAAUGUUUUACUGAUAGGUAGUGAUUUGCAAUCUUACACACUUCAUUUUUAUUUUUACAAAUGAAGAAUAGCAAAAAAAACCAUAUUUGGAGGCAACAGAAUGGAAAU